AUGCGUUUACUCAAUUGGAUGGUCAACAACUUUACUGUAAAUAAUAAAAAGAAAAAAUCCUCCCAAAAUCAACAAAUUUAUGACAACAAUACUUCAAACUUUCUCCAUUCUUCCCUCUUCCUUAUUGCUCAAAAACAACAUGGGGUAAUUAACGAACAUCCUCCAACUAAGCAAAAACACCCUUGGGAGACUACAAAGCGUUUUAUGCGAUUUCCAUUGAAUUUAAUGGCAAAUAAAGGGCGUUUAAGAAAAUUGUCCGCAUCUUCCUCCUCUUCCUCCUUUUCUGAAGAAGUUUGGCUUAGAAUGCGAACAAAUAAUGACCAAAAAAACAUUGAAAAUACCCCACAAAAACAACGUUCAGUUGAAAAUCGUCGCUUUACAGAAUCCCCAAAAGCGUUGAGACGAAGUUUUCGUCGAGUUCGACAACGUGGAGGAUCUGUACAUUUUACUAAAAUUAAAUCUGAAGAAGAAGGAAAAAGAAUUGUUAGGCCAAACAGUCUUAACUUAAAAUUAAAUGGAAAUUGUGCGGAGGGAAGGAAUUAUUCAAUUAAGAAUGAACGAGAAAACAUUGACGAAGAACAGAAAAUAGAAAAAGGUAAACAGAAACUUGACCCAAAGUCAGAAUUAACAACCUCCGCUAUUCUGAAAAAUUGUUACUUUGGUGUAGUGGGAAAAUUUUUGGUUCUGUAA